CCGAUUUUUCGGGCCCUGUGUUUUCGGUUGAAUUCCUGCCGAUUUUCGAAAAUUUUUCGGCAUUCGAGCUCUCUUUUUUCUCCUCUUCAAUCCAUGCAUCUGAAUACAGAGGUUAUCAUUGUCAUUGUUGUUGUUUCUUAGUGGGGAAGUCGCUCCAACUUAUGCUUCAUAAUUUGGCACUUUCGUUCAUGGGUAAGAGUAAGUUGAAGGCUUGCUAACAGAUUGGGAGAAAAUGGACACUUUACCAGAUCUUUUCCCUCUGAUAAAUUUGCAAAUUGGGCAUAUAAAAUCUUCACUUUCUCAGGCAUUCUUGUAUAUUGUGCCUGCUAAUCAUAUGUUUCUCAUUCUGGUCGACAACCAGUCAUGGAGGCUGAACAAGCACUCAAGAUCAACCCACAUAUGGGAAUUAAUGGUCACCAAGACUGAUACAUCCAUUGCUAUAGAAACGAAAUCUAUGAGAAAGUGGGAAUUCUACAGCAUCAAUGAAGCCUUGCGCUGGACUCCUUCAUGGUUCUCUGGCACACCAUCAGAAACACAGCGCCUGCAGAGCAAUCUAGUGCUUUUGAGAAAUAAAAUUCCUCCUCACUCUCCCAGGGGAAUCACUGUUGCCUCUAAAGAACAGUUGUUUGAGGAUACAUCUCCUGCCCAACGUCUUCCUGAAGAAAUAUUCUUUGAUGCCAGAGAAUGCUCCUUGGAUAUGCAGGAUAAUAGAACAAUAGAGGUUGAAGAGCUGAUCAAUGGGAAGAGAGAACAGAAUACAGAAGAUGAGAUUAAUAUUGCAUCUUUGGGAUUCAAGGACACUCUACUGCUAUUGUGGUUCAAUGAUAGGGACCUCCCAAUUAUAUUGAGGCAGGUAAUCACAUCUAAUUCAAGGCUUCUCGCAUUGCUUGAGUUAGGCCUUCCUACUUGGGUUAUUUUCUUGCAGUCCUAUCCCCUAUUUUGCAAGGUUUAUCAUCCCUGGAUGCGGCCUCUAGGGAGAAUCCUUUAUGUAUUAAUCUCACUCAUAACUAUGAUCAUUGGGUUCUAUGAUCUCUAUAAGAAUGUGCCCCUCUUGAAGGCAACUGCAUCCCACCUUUUUGGUCCCAUUUUUAUGUGGAUUGAAAAAUCUGAAAUGAUUACUAGAAUCUUUUAUUUGGGAACAAUGUUGUUCGUUCAAAACUUUGGGAAGGCUCUUGAAUGGGUUUUGAUGAUGAUGAGAGUGAUCACAAUGCCAGUAUCGAUUAUAAUGACACCGUUCAUGGACCCACUUGAAGGAAUGGUGGAGGUUAUAUCAUGUAUAUGGAACAUUUUGGCUGAAACAGGGGAGCAGUUUUUCUACACAGCACAGCUCAUGGCAGAGUCCCUCUGCAGCAUGGUGGUUGAUUUGAUCCAAGUUCUAAUCUCACCAUUUGACCUUCUCUACUCACUUGUGUCAACUUUAGUCACAUUGGUUUGUACCAUCCUUUAUUCUGUGUGGAAACUAUUGCUCAUUCCUGCUCGAGCCAAUCUUGGUUUGGCAAAAUAUGUGGCUUCUCUAUUCUCCGGAAUCUCUGAUUUUCUUAAAAGGACUUCGAUGGUAUCUACCAGUAGCAUGGAUCAGCUUCAAUAUUUUGCUCAAGCAAAGCCUACUUCAUCACAAAUCUCAUUUUGGCGCCCUCUCUGGCAAGAUAUCUUCUCAAAGGUUUUCCGGUCCCUCCGAAGCAUUAUAAAUGGUCUUAUCGGGUUCUUCACAUCAUGCAAUCGGCACAGGCUUAGCAUAUACAACUACUUAAGGGCCAUGGUGUGGCAUCUCUGUCACCGCCUCCCAUUGAUUUCUCGCCGCAGAGCACCUCCAUUGGACAGCCAAGUUGAGAUGGAAUUCAAAGAAUGUGAAGGUUGUAAAUGAGAGUUUAUUCUUGGGCUAUUUUUGUUGAUUCUGUAUAGUGUGUAUGGGGUAU